CCACGCCUUUUUCCCCUUUUGGUCUACAGCUGAAUGCCCACAUCCAGUUCCUGGACCGUGACGCUAACUCCAAGGGAACCUCACCCGAUACUGCUCGAUGGGGUCCUGCACUUGAAAAUGGCAACCGUUUCAGGAGACGCCACUCCGGGAAGAACGUCGCUUAUAGCUGACGUCAAGGAAAAACGGUACACACUCUGUUCGUUGUCCAAUAAUCUUACGGAACAGCCAUUGGAUAUUCGAUUUGCAGAAGAUGAUGAAGCGAUACUUACCGUACGUGGUGUCCACUCAGUGACUUUAUCAGGCGACUAUGUCAAGGAGGAUCCGGAUUUCGAACUGAGUUUCGAGGAAUUGGAAGAAGUGCAAGAAGAACUGGAACAAGAGGAAAGAGAGUUGAGGAGAUUGAAUAAGCUACGAUUUCGAGAUACCGAAGAUCAACGAUUCUUGGAAGGCUUCGACUUGAGCCAUUUUGGCUUAGCUUCACCGAAUUCCGAACAUGAUACCGUCAACCUGAGAGAGGAAGAAGAAACAGAAGAGGAGCGCAAGCUAAAUGAUAAUAUCUUGCAGAGUUUAAUCAACAGCAUGCUCAAUAGCGGUGAUGAUGCCAAGAUCGCCAAGGCAAAACAGUUGCAAGAAACAACACAACUGCGCGAGUCAUUUACCGUAUCAAAAACUUUGACGCACCGGAAACAAAAGAUAAAACAUAGAGCUAAAAAGCGACGGAAAAGUAAAUAAGCCAUACGCCAUGGUGACGAUCCCGAUACAUCCGUCUGCCGUCGGUACGAGACUUUUCAGCAGAUGAUGAGAGACAAAGUGGGGUUGACUAAAUGAUUUGUUCAUUAGGUUACACAAGAAAAAAGACAAGC